AUGGCGGACACUCCAUUGCCGGCGGCCCCACCCACGGACGCCCUCAUCCACGACAUUGCCGCCGCCUACAGCGACGACGUACCCUGCCGCUUCAAGUGCGUGCUGGCGACCAGCUCGCAUCCUACUCGCCGGAUUGGAGCUCACCUAGCCGAGCUCCGGCGCCACCCUCGCCGGGAGACCCCUGCCGCCGCCGGCUCCUUUUUUUCAGUCAUGCUGGAAGUCGCCGGAGCAGAAACGAGCGCCGCCGGCCUCGACGCCUCGCUGCGCCCCGCGCCCCUCGCGCCGCCCCGUGCUACCUCGUCGCGCGCCCAGGGCCGCCCCGCCCCCGCCGACCGGCGGCGGAGACGCGGGCUCGCGGACGUGCCCGGCGUCGGCCUCCGUCGAGGCGCAUCGCGGGCGCGGCCUCCGGCGAGGCAGGCACAUGUGCGGCACGGCGUCCCCGGCCUCGGCCUCCGGCGUGGCGCAUCGCGAGCGCGAGCGCGGCCUCCGGCGAGGCAGGCACGAGCACGGCGUCCCCGGCCUCCGGCGUGGCGCAUCGCGAGCGCGGCCUCCGGUGAGGCAGGCACGGGCGCGGCCUCCGUUGGAGCCGGCCGCCCCGCGCUACAGCUCCGCCCACGCCGCGCCCUCGCCAUGACGCCGGCCACCGGCCGCCUCCCGCGAGCACGUCCGCUGGGAGCCCGCGCCCGCGCUACAGCUCCGGCCACGCCGCGCCCUCGCCUCGACGCCGCCCCGUGCCGCGCCACCACACGACGCCACGCGCUCCCGCCGCAUCACGCGCGCACGCCUGCAGGGCCAGGACGGGGCCGUGUCGCGCAGCCCCUCCAGGCUGUGCGGGUCGACCUCGGCUCUUCUAGUGCGCAGCGACAGGCGAGACGACGUGCAGCAGCUGUUCUCCUCCAAAGGCAGUAG